AUGGAGAAUCUGCUGAGAGGUGACAGGAUCCCACACAGACUGGAAACCAUGGAGGCCGAGCGACUGGAGUGCAGGCUGAGCAUGAAGGACUUUGUGAAAAUGCAGGACCUCUUCCUGCAGGAUGAACCGGUGUCCAUGGGGAGGGAGGAGUUUGUGGAAAAGGCAUUCUCUCUGAUAGGCCGAGGGUCACGGGAGGAGUACGGCCAGCUCUUUGACAACGUGGACGUGACGCGGGAGGGGCUUGUGGACUGGGAGAAGCUGACAACCUUUCUGCUGCUGGAGCUGUCGGAGAAGGACGAGCAUGCCCGCGCGGCGGCCGUCACACGCUGGAGGCCUCUCCACGUGCUCCCCGCCGUUCACAGGGAGCCUGUCCAGCGGGUGGCAUACCUGAGGAGCUCUAACAGGUACCUGAGCAUCAGCAAAGAAGGCAUGCUGGGAGUGUGGACAGAUGAGCUCACUCUUCUGAAGACUCAUCGCGUCACCACAGACUCUGUCAAGCUCAAAGACCUCUGGGUAACGGGCAUGGUGGUCCUGUCAAACGUGCACAAGAUUGCCGUGAGCUUCACCAGCAAGGAGAUCUGCUUCUAUGACCUAUUGUCCAAACAAGAGUUCAGUUGUCAGUACAAACUGCAGGGUUUGAGACAUACACCCAUCAGCUUGGACUACUGGUUCAACCCCCAGAAUGCUGACGAGGCUGUUCUCAGUUUCGGGGAUGUUGGGGGGCAGCUGAGUGCCAUCUGCUUCAGGACAGCCCAGAUUUCACUGUUUGAGAGGCCCAGUGCGGGUCCAGACCAAGACACAGUCAUCAUAAUCAGGUGGGCGGAGCUUGCACAAGGCCACCACAAGUGCUGCUAUACGGUCCAACAUCAGGCGCAUGGCCAAGAUUGGGUUCGUAGAGUGAGAUUCCUAGGGAAUCUGGAGGCUUUCAUGUCCUGCUCCAGAAGCAGUGAGAACACCAUGGUGCUUGCCUGGAGGGAGAAAGAGGCCACACCCCUCAGGACCACAUCCUUCCACAUCCAUAAAGGCAGUAAUGACCUGGACUACCAUGCUGGACUCAACCUCAUUGCCACAGCAGGGAUUGACAGCAAAGUUUGUCUUUGGAACCCCUAUGUGAUCUCCAAGCCUGUGGGUGUCCUCGUGGGUCACAUGACCAGUGUGGUGGCAGUGCAGUUUGUCCUGGGAAAGAAACAGUUGAUCAGCUUCUCUAAAGACAAGGUGUUGAGGGUGUGGGAAGUGCAUCACCAGCUGUGUAUCCAGCGAGUGGCAGGGAUAUUCCCCAAGACUCAGGAGUGCCAGAUGCUGCUGUUCUUCCAAGAGGAGCGUGGCCGCUUACUUCUCACCUUCAACAGCACUGUGGCAAUCCUGGAAGCCUCGCAGGAAGUGGGCAAAAGAGUGACCAGCCACGAGCAAGCUGUCACCUGUGUUCUGUACAACCCCCUCUUCAAACAGGUGAUAAGCAGUGAUGCUGGCUCCACUGUGAUCUGCUGGCUCAUGGACACAGGUCAGAAAGUCAAACAGUUCACCCAGUGCCAUGGCAACGCUGAGAUCUCCACCAUGGCUCUGGACGCCUCCCAGACCCGCCUGUUCACUGCUGGCACAGAUGGGUCUGUCAAGGUGUGGGAUUUUAACGGGCACUGCCACAACAAACUCAACGCAGGCCGGGACCAGAGCGUGGAGAUCUCCCAGAUUCUGGUGCUGAAGCGGACAGUGUUGGUGCUGGGCUGGGAGAGGAUGAUCACCGUGUUCAGACUCAACACUUUCUCGCAGUACUUUGUUCAGCCGUCUGAAUGGAAAGGUGGCGUCCAGCAUCGUGACGAUGUCCUCUGUGCUGCGUUCCAGCCUCCACAGACCCUAGUCACAGGAAGCUACGAUGGGGAGAUCACAGUUUGGAACAACAGCACAGAGAAUGCCCUGCGCAAGCUCCACCCGGAUGGUCAGAGAGGCCUGAAGUCCAGCUCAGGCCAGUACAGCGACCCAGAGUGCAGCUAUGCUGUGACCAGGCUUUUUUUCCUGGAGGGCAGGAAGAGCGUAGCCAAUACAGGGGGGGCAGACCUGGUAUCCUGUGGGGGCUCAGGCCGGGUGCGGUUCUGGAACACAACCCGGAGCUGCCUGGUGGCUGAGUUUGUGGCUCACAGUGACUCUGGCUCCAUCAUAAUGACGGUGGAAAGCAGUGGGCGAUACCUUGUCACUGCCGACAUGGACGGAGGAGUGAAGGUGUGGGACAUACAGGAUUAUUGCCUCAGCCCUGGUGAAGGCGUGAUCUAUCAGACUCCAGAGCUGCUGGCCAGCGUUCACCCUCACCUGGACUGCGUGACUCAUCUGGAGACCUGUGUUCAUGGAGAGCAGCUCUUCCUCCUUUCAGCCUCUGCGGAUUGCAGUGUCGCACUCAGCUACCUCCCUGGAGCUGCCGUGGGUGUCUUUGGACAGGAGGUGCACUGGCGCCUCGAUGGGCCCGGGGAGCCCCUUCCAAAUGUCAGCACCACAGAGGAAAACCUGUCGAGCAAGGUGGACCGCAGAGAGGAGGCAGGGUCUGCCACGCCACGCAAGGAACCACCCCAAGGACAGGGUUACCAAAACGCUGAUGGUGGACCUGAGGUCAAAGCUACAGACAGCAAUCCAGACUGGACAGAACAAACCACCCAAGCUAGCCCCCGAACUGGCAGCAUUCUGGGGAAAAGGUACCAGGAGAGGUGGAGACUGCGGAAGAGUGACAGUAAGCCCAACCUAUCGAAGGACAUACAGAGCUGUGUGGGGACGUUCAGCUGUCUGCGUAUGGAGGAGCUGGAUGCAGUGGGAGACCUCAGCAAGCCUGAUUUCAUGACCAACCCUCAUCAAUAUUUCGGGCAGAAGUGGGAUGGCUCUCUGCCUGCUCCACUCCCCCUCCCUGUAAACGUGGAGAGUAAGACAACCCACCGAUGCUGUGGACGAAGCUAA